CGCUGAAGCGGGGCUGGAAUUAAGCCGCGUCCUCCAGCGGAAUCCUCUCCCAGACUAGCGGUGCGGGCGGCAGUCGGGCAGCUGUCGGCGAGCCCAUUGGCUGCGGGGUGAGAGGGGCGGGGCCGCUGUAGCGAGCCCAUUGGCUGCGAGAACAAUGGACCUGAGUCUGAGUGAUGCUUUGAACAGCAAGCUGCCCCCACAGUCAGAAAGCCUGGUGCAGAGAGAUUUCAUCGCGACUCUGGAGGCUCAGAGCUAUGAAGACAAGGUCGGAGAGACUGUGGGCAAGACUGAAUACUCCCCCCUACGAGACAUGGACGGGAAAGGAGAUGAGUUCCCUCAGACUGGGAUGCUGGUGAAUAUGGAUGUAGGAGUAGUUCCACAUCAAGUGGCAAAGCCACCCGGCGUGCCCCAGCCUCCGACGACCACGCUGCCACCGUCCCCCAAGCCCCUGAUGCAGCCCCAGAGCAUGCAGGUCACCCCUGGAGGACUGACAGGAGCGUCGCUGGACGGUGUGGGUCAGCCGACGGCCGACCUGUCCCUCAGCCCCUCAACAGAGAGUUCCCCGGGAUCCUACCAAGAGAACGUCCUGACCAGAGAGGACAGGGAGGGGGACAGGAAGCAGCAGAGGAAGAAGAAGAAGAGGAGACCCAAGGAGGAGAUAUGUGAUGUUGGGGAGGAUUGGGGUCCAGAGCAGUGGAACCAGGGAGAAGACACCUUUCCAUUUGAUAGCCCAGACCAGUCCCCACUGAGAGGAGCAGGGUGGCAGUGUGAGGAGGGGGGUAGAGGUGGGGUCAGGGUUAAGAAGGGCAAAAUCAGAAAGAAGAUUCCAGAUGUGUGGGAUAUUUUUCCGGAGUCUUCUUUACCCUCUGCAGCCACUGUUCCCAAGACAGAUCCUGCAGGGCUCACCUUGAACUCCAGUCUUCAGACCAUGGAGAGCCCCAGCCAUGUCGCCAUGGAAACCUUGGACACUGUUUUGCUGAAUGCAGAGGAGGAGCUGUCGUCUGAUACUACCCCUUCUCCUACCAAGGAUCGACCUGGUUCCCACUCAGCAAAUAAGGCAGCAUCAUCACCGAAACAGACCACCAAUCAGGACAGUGUCUUCCCUGAAUCCCCUCGCAUAAAUGCAGGUGAGCCUAGUCAGUUGAGGCACCAAGAUGGCGACACGUUCCUUCUACUCUCUGGUGUUAGCACUGACACUAUAGCUGACCCAGUUAAGCAGGGUUGCUAUCACAUCCCUGCAAGUCCUCAGCCUGAGAAUGAAGCGAAUGCCAUUACAGCAGCCCCAGAGAACACCUCCAGUGUCAGCACUGUAAAACAGCCACCCUCAGAUAUAGUCGCCUCAGAGAACACCUCCAGUGUCAGCACUGUGAAACAGCCUCCCUCAGAUACAGUCGCCCCAGAGAACACCUCCAGUGUCAGCACUGUGAAACAGCCUCCCUCAGAUACAGUCGCCCCAGAGAACACCUCCAGUGUCAGCACUGUGAAACAGCCCCCCUCAGACGGCCCCGCUUUGAUCUCCAUGCCAUCUCACCCUGCUGAGUCCCCAGUGUCUAGUCCUGUGGGCCCCCAGGCUCUGCCUGUCAUGGAGGAAACAGGCCCCGUGUCCUCAAAAGUGCUCACUGCAGGUGUCACUGUAGAUCCUAACAAUGCACUGCCCUUAUCUGGUCAGGUUGCUUUAGCUCCUGAAGACGAUCCCUUCAAGAUACCACAACACCAGGAGCCUCUUCUCACUAGUCUCCCAAGCCCUAGUAGCCCAGCCCUGACCAAAGAUAAUUCCCAGUCCACUCCCUCUCCUAAGAAGUCAUCUAGAAAGAAGAGUUCCACCUCCCCAAAAUCCCCAGGUCCAACCACCCCAGUCCCUACCCCUGCAUCCUCCCUCCGGAGCCCCCCAAUGGUCAUUGCGGCCUCCACACCUGCCCCUGCCAUACCUGUAGUGAGCUCAGGCCUGAACCCCUCAGCCCCGCCGUUUUUCCCUAGUUCUCUGGAGCACCAUCAGUCCCAGCUCCAGGACUGUGACCAGAAGCAGGGCCAGGCCGCACCCUUUGUGCUGGAAGUGAAGUCCCAGAAGAUGGAUGAUUCGGAGAAGACGGACAACUCCCAGAAUGUCAAGAAUGUUGACUUAGGUGAGACGACAGACAAACCAGAGAAAGUCGAGAAGAUGGAGACAUCAGAGAAAGACAUUAACGGGAAGAGCGAUAAUGUGGAAAAUCGGGACACAAUAGAGCAGACAGUGAAAGCUGACAAGAUGAGCAAUGAGAAGAAGGAGAUGGAAAAGACUGACAAGAUAGACACAGACCAGGAGAAGACACAAAAGACCGAAAAGGUAGAAAAAGACAAGGAUAAGAUGCACAAGGUGGAAAAGACCACAAAAGACAAGAAGAUAGAAAAGGUACAAAAGGUAGACAGAGAGAAGAAUACAAAAAAGGUGGAAAAGAUUGACACCAUCGAUAAAAAAGACAAGCAAGAAAAGAUAAAUAAAGUUGGGAAGGUCAAGGCGAGAGGUCAAGAAAAUGGGGAGAAGGUUGGUAAAGGAGAGAAAUCGGAGAAAACUGACAAGGCACCUAAGAAGACUAUGGCUAACCGGAGCAGUGCCCCUCCAAACAAAGGUCUAAUUGCUGCAGACAAGAAGACAAAGCCAGCUGCUGGGCCAACCAAACCAAGUUCUGUAAAAACACGACCGCACUCGUUACCAGCGGGGGACAGUGCCCCUGACGGCCCCACCCCUGCCCCCACGUCCUCCGGCACUGUUAGCAAAAAAGGCCCCGUUCACAAGGUGUCUGAGCCCACAGCCAGCACCAAGCGGCCCCCGCCUACUGCCAGCCGUGCCCCAUCCAUCACACAGUCCCGAGAGCUCAAGCCCAAGUCGACCGAGGCCCGGCGCCCCCCCGUACCGAAGGCUAACGCCGCCUUGCCCACUCGCACCGCCGCCCCGAAGAUCAGCUCCGCCACCGCGGCCGCCCCCAGGCCGGCGACGCGGACCUCCAGCGGCACCCCCUCGGUGAAACGCACGGCAGCCACCAAGACUGACAGCAAAGCCGAAGAAGUCAAGAAGCCCAGUACACUGAGGACAACGACCGACUCCAGUCGGAAUGGACCCGGGUCCACCCGGAAAUUGCCCACCACCCCCAGCACCCCCACGGCCAGCGCCCACAGCACAAAGCCCUCCACGCCUACUGCUACAGUGCCAGAAAGAAAGCCCCCAGUUCCACGUGCCCCCCGAUCCAGCACCGCCCCCCGCCCAAGCACGGCCCCCACACCAGACAUCAAGAACGCCCGCUCCAAGAUCGGCUCCACGGACAACAUGAAGCACCAGCCUGGAGGGGGCAAGGUCUCUACAUCACAGGGUACAACUGACACCCUGGCUAAGGGCCCCCUCUCCAAAGAGACCAGCCAGGGCAAAGUUCAGAUAGUAACCAAAAAACUGGACUUCAGCCACAUCACGUCACGCUGUGGCUCCAAGGACAAUAUCAAGCAUGUGCCAGGUGGAGGGAACAUCCAGAUACUCAACAAGAAGGUUGACUUGAGCAAAGUGACAUCAAAAUGUGGCUCCAAGGCUAAUAUGAAGCACAAACCAGGAGGAGGAGAUGUGAAGAUUGAAUCCCACAAGGUCAACGUCAAGGCUCAGUCCAAAGUGGGGUCUAUGGAUAACAUGAAUCAUAAUCCAGGGGGUGGCAAUAUCAAGAUUGAGUCUCACAAGCUGAACUUCCGUGAGAACGCCCGAGCUCGCACGGACCACGGCGCUGACAUCAUCACCCGACCGCACCCACCGCGCAGCAUCUCUCUCACCGACUCCCUGUGGUCCGCCAGCAUGCUCCGCUCCCCCCCGACCCCCUCCUUCAUGUCCUUGAUGGAGCAGGGGGGCGACGGUGUGCUGGCAGGGCUAACGACAUGAUUUUAGCUCCCCCCCCACCUCUUACCCCUCAUCUCUCCCUUUCUUCUGUUCUUCCUCAGCUCUCGCCCCAUCCCCUCAUCUCCCCAGUCACCGUCGUACACAGAGCAGGUAGAGCUUUCAGCUUCCCAGCUUCCUUUGCCUCAUGGGGACCUGCCUCACAUACAGAUUCAGUACAACUCAAUAUCACAAAUCACCCCCCCCCCCCCCCAGCCACGCCCUUCUGCCCCUGCAAAGGGGCUAUAGCGAGAUGUUCCCCGGCCUCCCCCCGUUCCCAGCAGCAGUGCCGUCAUUGUUAAAGUGUGGCUGCCACCAACAUCGUCAUUCAUACAGUGUGACACCUCAGUCUUACCAAGUCAUUGUCCCAUUGCAAUUCCAACGAUGGCCACCAGGAGGCAGCCUCACCCUGUGUGUAACCCGUGGCAGGCAGCUUUUAGAGUGCACUAUGAAAGCAAUCAAAAAAACAAAGCAAGUCUUGUCAUGAGCCUGUAGGAGUAUUGUAUGUAGCUAAUGAAAGACAGCCUGCCCUUCCCUCCACAUUCUCCCUUAGACCCCACACCUCACCUUCUCACUCCCAAACUUCAGAAUGCAUACAAGUAUUAGAAACACGUAGGCUGUCCAAACAGUAGUCUAUUUAAAUCUCGUUAAAAAUUCUGUGUUGUGUUUGCGUAACUGUGUAUUUCGUUUGUGCCUUCUUUUCCCCCGGUUCUUCAUUCUCGUCUUUAUCGUUGUAUUCUCUUUAAGCAAUACGGUGGUCUUUGCUGAUACGAUACAAGAAUGUGCACAAACACAAGUACAUGUCACCUUUAUGGUGGGAGUGAUACGGAUGGCCUGGGGUGGAGCAGGGCGAGCAGGUGGGGUGAUUAGGAAGUUGUCCAGAAGGAACCGGGGCGGGUGGAUUUAUGGACAGUAUGACAUGCAGCACACUUUGCCGCUUGAGGUUGCGGAUUAUUCCCUUUGGUUGCUUAGCGAUUUCUGUAGUUGGCAGUAGAAGAAAAGGGAAAUUUUACAUUAGUGUAAAAAUAGAGAUUCCACCAUGAGGAGGAAGUGAGUUAGGGAAAUUGGAGGGAAAUGUGCAACUUUUGUAUAACUAAAAACUUGGGGUGGGGGGGAGUCUCUCGAGUCUGAGAAUAGAACACACAAAUUGAAUGGCAACAGUAAAAAGAUUCAUUUAAUCCUGAUGUAUGUGUAACUCUUGUGUGCUUUAAUACUGAACAGAUUUGAAUAUCUUUUAUGAAUUUUAACAGUUUUUGUCUUGUAGCUUGUACUUAUCACUUAUAAAGUGAGUCAACUAUACAGUUUUUAUGAUUGUAGGAUUGGUGUGGCAAUGAUGUAGCUACGCAAUGCUAGCACUACCAGUGACUUCAACCUGUAAGGUGGUCAAAGGCAACGGAAUGGCGGCACUAGAACAAAGUUGUAUGGUUUGUAAAAAGCAGAUUGUUUAAAAAACAAAAAAGGAUUUUUAAUGUUAUUUAAGUCUCUGGGGACUUCAGCAGGUGAAUGCGGAGAGGGUUCUCGUCCUUUAAAUGAGUUUUAGCAGCAGCCUGCUUCUAUAAAUGCGGCUGUACUUUCUGGUGCAGCAGGAGGCCUGUUGUAUAAGUAGAGGCAGAGUCUUGUGCUGCCUUUUCAGUCAUGAGUGUACAAGCAAGCGAUGGCCCAUUGGGUCAGCCAGCACUGAUUGUAUGCUGUGUCUGAGAACUCUCACAUCCAAAGUGCACUACAUACACACAUUCACAGUGUCACGCUAAUAAUAUAUAGGGGUAUAGUUUGCUUAUAACUCUUUAGACUUUUAGCUAGAGGGAGACAGAGAGAGCAAUGCAGAGGGAUGUGAGGAAUGCUACUUUGUGAAUAAAGAUGUGGUAGACCGUGGGUGUUUAUCAAUAACAAGAAUGCAAAGAUAGUACUUGUGGUCUUGAAAACCUGCUUCCCAAGAACAAACUUCAGACACAGUGAAUCAUGGGAUCGUUCUCGUUCUGCGAGGAUUCAGCCGAUGUGUCCUCGAUACUUGGGGCGAGGCAAGAACGACAUCCGGGGAUUAUUACCAUCCUCUGUACUUCUCUUCUUUGUAUUGUAACUGGUCGUCGGCAAUGGAAGACAUAAGAAACGGGUGCGCAAGAACACAAGUACGGUCAAGUGCGCAUAUUGAGAGACACCCUCUGACACCAGAUGCACUUUUCCUGUAAUGGCGUUUGUUUCUGACAGUGGAGGGCUGUAUUGUCCCUUGUGUUUUUAGUGCACGUGUCUAGUGCUGUGGUAUCUGUUCACUAGCUAGUUUAGGCAUGGACCCUGGGCUCAUCACCAUAACUAUAUUGAGUGAAACAGGAAAACUUGUUCCGAUCCUCACUUAGUUCUUCCAUGACCUAAGCUUGCAAAGUGUAAGGUGGAGCUAGGAGGCGGUAAGGUAGCGGGUGAAGAUGGGGUUUGGGUUCAGGGGACUGGUCUGCUGCAUAGAGUGAUGGUGUGGGUAUCUGCUAAUGGCAGGCGCUUGUGGACAAGCAAAUGAGUAGAAAUGAUUAGAAAUGUCUUCUAGUCUUGUUUGAUUAUCAGUAUAGGCACUGUUGUGCUGUCAUACGGAGAAUAAGAAAAAUGGUUUAUAAACGAUUUGGAGUGUAUAGGGUAAUGAUUGGGGGAAAAAAUACAGUUUUAAACCCUUCAAAGGUGGAUGGCAAUCAUAUUGGUCCUUGACUGUUGGAUGAUGGCAGUGUAAGUCGCGUUCCUGCACCGGUACUUUCUCUCUAAGCUGUUUGCGAGCUUAAUUCUGCGUGGGUGACGAUCUGCUUGCCGUGACGGUGACCCCUGUGACCUUUAGACAGCGCCUGCACUCGACUGCUGGUAGUUCCUCUCCUUCCCUUGUCCUUGCCAUACCUCGCCUCUUCUCUCAAAGCUGAUGGUGUGCGUGCGUCAUUUCGUAUUACAUAUGCUGGUUCGCCACAGGGUCAUGUGGUUUAUAUGGAUGUUUUAACUCAACAUUAAGCUUUUUUUUUUUUUUCCUUUUCUGAAGGUUUGCCUUUUUUAAAAAAGGAGCUGAAGUAAAAGAACAUUUUUAAAACAUUAUGUAUUUAAGAAAUAAAAAAUAUAUAUAAGUGUGCAUUAUUUCAUUCCACUUAACCACUACAGUGUAGGUGUUGGGUGAGGAACACUGGAGGGGUUGUUUGUGGUGUGUCUUAACAAUAAGUCUUUGAAUCAGAAAUCCAGCCGGGUACAGCUUUUGUACCUAAGAAAAACCUUUUCAACAACUGUAGUUCCUGAGUCGAAUGGUGUAUUCGUGAAGUCAGGCUGCUAUAUUUAACGAUUUCUACAGUUGGCAAAUGCCCAUGUGCCAUCUCCUUGAUGCUCUAAAACAGGCGUGGCCAAUCUUAUCCGCAAAGGGCCGCUGUGUAUGCGGCUUUUCACUGCAACUCCCUAGUUAGGUUACUAAUUAGAGGACUGAUUGGCUGAAGAGUCCUCAUACCUGGGUUUGAACAGCUGUUACCCCAAAAACCUGCAUACGCACCAGCCCUUUGCGGAUAAGACUGGCCAUCCCUGCUCUAAAGCAUUGCUAGGAUUUUUUCUUUAAUUACUGAAAUUGUAUAUGCUUUAAGAUGUUUAUUAAGUUAAAUAAUUUUGACAAGUGCACUAGUGAAACAAGCUGAAAUAGAGAUCAGAAGUUGUCUUUGGUCUGUACUGAUGGCCCCUCCAGUGCAACCUGCCAACACAUAAACACACACACACACACACCACUGUAGAGUGUGCAGGAGAUGUCAGAUCCCCACCACACUUCUGUGUGAGAUUUCAGAGGUGGUCUGCACCAUUCAGAGUCUGAUUCAGCAGUGAGGAUCCCCUCUGCUGUAAUGGCACACUGGAUAUGCGCUCACACUAAUGGGAAACACCAGAACACAAUGGAUCCUAUCAGACAGACAUUUGUCAUUUUUACAAAUAUUUUUCUUUUUUUUUUUAAUAUUUUCUGGUUUGGAGGAGAUGGUUAUUGUGGUUAAUUGUUAAUUAGUGAUGUGAUUAUUAAUUAUAAAAUAAACAUGUUACAAAAUA